AUGAAACCAGCUAAUCUACAACGGAACGCUGAAGAAGACGACUUCCCCAAUGCAGCUUUACUGUCUUUCCGAGAACUCCCAUCCGGAGACCAUUCCCUCACUCCUCAGGAACUGUGCAGCUUUGAUGAUAUGGCUACAAGCUUAGUUGUCGAUUCUGUGCUCAACUUCCAAACACAUAAAAUGCAUCCGAGGUCGGGACGAAUUUUAUCCCAAAAUAACGGUUCUUUGCAUGAGAAGCGCUGUCUAGUCGGGUUCCGUUUCUUUUACGCGACGUUUUGGUCCCGAUUGAUGUGA